AUGCAAAAAUUCAGCUAUUUGGCGAUGAAGAAUGAUGGUAUUAUACGCGGAUGGCUAGGAUACUACCUUUAUUUUAUCGUUGUAGACCCAUUGGACCUGGAGAUGAUAUUAAAAAAAUGUUUGGAGAAAGAUGAUCUGCAUCGUUUUAUGAGAAAAAUUAUCGGAUACGGUGGAAUCUUUGCACCAGUGGCAAUCUGGAGAAAACGGCGUAAGAUAUUAAUUCCAGCGUUUAGUCCAAAAAUUAUCGAAAAUUUCAUAGAAGUAUUUUCGAAACAAAGCGAGAAGCUAGCUGUACAAUUAAAGGAGGUCGAAGGCUGUGGCCAAGUUAGCGUUUGGCGUUUUCUCAGCACUUACACGCUCGACGCUGUGUGUGUUUGGAAUCAGCAUUUUGAAUCUGCCGUCGCAAGCGAGUCAGUCGCCCCCAUCACCCGUCAUCCUCGGUACCUCGGUGCCUCGGUACUUCGAUACGUAGAGACGGCAAUGGGAAUAAAAAUAAAUGCACAAGAAAACCCAAAUGCGCCAUUUUUAAAAGCGAUGCAAAUUCUACUCAAUUUAGUGACUGAAAGAGUUUUCCACUUGUGGUUACAACCUGAUUGGCUGUACAAAUUCUUCCCACAGUACUCAAAGCAUCAGAAAUAUGGAAAGGUGGUACAUGAUUUCAUUGAUGAGGUUAUACAUAAUAAGAGAGAAGACUUGAAAAAGGAAAGGAGUUAUCAAACAGAAGUGGAUCACAAUUACGACCUGAGAAGCUACAAGAGACAAUCGUUUCUUGAUCUUUUGAUAAAACUCUCUGGUGGUGAGAAAGGAUACAGCGAUAAGGAGUUGAGAGAAGAAGUUCUGGCCUUAACUGUAGCAGGCACAGACACCUCUGCUGUGGCAGUUGGAUAUACUUUAAAAUUGUUAGCAAAAUAUCCAAAAGUACAAGAUAAAGUUUUUCAAGAGCUACAAGAAGUAUUCGGUGACUCUGAUCGACCAUUGGUUAAAGAAGACUUGAUAAAUUUAAGAUAUCUCGACAGGGUGGUAAAAGAAUCACUAAGAUUAUUUCCUCCGGUUCCUUUCAUUAUAAGGAAAGUUUUAGAGGAUGUUGCUUUACCGUCAGGUCGCGUCCUUCCAGCUGGCUCUGGUAUAGUAGUCAGCAUCUGGGGUGUUCAUCGAGAUCCAAAAUAUUGGGGUCCAGAUGCUGAAUGCUUUGACCCUGACAGGUUCCUGCCCGAGAGGUUCAAUUUGCAACACGCGUGUAGCUAUAUGCCUUUUAGCAAUGGACCCAGGAACUGUAUUGGUUACCAAUACGCAUUGAUGUCUGUGAAGACUGCUUUAUCUGCUAUUGUAAGACGAUACAAGAUUGUGGGAGACGUAGAGCCCAGCCCUAUUCCUUUUAUUAAAACAAAGAUAGACGUCAUGAUGAAAGCAAUCGAUGAUUACGAAAUAGGUCUAGAAAAAAGAACCCUACCAUAA